UUCAACCCAGUGCCUAGCCUAGCUAGCUCAGUUAAAGAGAAACCCAACAAAAAAAGACAACGUUUGUCUUAGAAAUCACAUUCGGUCGGAGAAGAGUUCGAGCCAGCAAAAAAAAACUCUAAUAUCAAUUGUGUUCAGUUAAAAACUGAAAACGACAGCGUUUAUUCUAAAAAUCACUUUCGGUCGGAGAUUGUUCGAGCCAGCUAAACACAAACCCAUAGCAAAAAAAAAACAAACAAACAAAAACGUAGCAUCGAUCCUCCGAGAUUCAGGAGUUUGGUAAUGGCGGCUAUGUCAGCGGUUCUGUCUCUGGGCUUAGGCACACUUCGCCCUUCGCAUCGUUCCUUUUCAUGUUUCGAUUCCCUCCGGCACCAGACAUCUUUCCUCCGUUGCCAAAGUCUCAUCUCUAGAAACACAACGAGGUCUCCGCUCAACAAGAUUCUUCAGGCUUGCCUUCAAUCCAAUUAUGCAAAUGGUGAUGAUGCUUUGGUGUCAUCAUCCAAUGAACGUUCUGAGGUUGUAUUUAUGGGUACCGGAACGAGUGAAGGGAUUCCUCGUGUCAGCUGCCUCACUAAUCCUUUGAAAACAUGUCUGGUAUGCAAAAAAGCAACAGAACCAGGAAACAAAAAUAGGAGACUUAACACCAGUAUUCUUGUUCGGUACAUUAGACCAUCCGGAACAAGUAACAUCCUCAUUGAUUGUGGCAAGUUCUUCUACCACAGUGCCCUUAAAUGGUUCCCCACCUUCGGGCUAAGAACACUUGAUGCGGUUGUAAUUACUCAUUCUCAUGCUGACGCAAUUGGAGGUCUUGAUGAUCUCCGUGAUUGGACAAACAAUGUCCAACCUCACAUACCGAUUUACACUGCUACCCGUGAUCUUGAGGUGAUGAAGAAGACCCAUUAUUACUUGGUUGAUACAAGUGUGAUCAUACCCGGUGCUGCGGUCUCAGAGUUGGAGUUUAAAAUCAUACAUGAGGACCAACCAUUUGUAGUAAACGAUCUAAAGAUCAUCCCAUUACCUGUGUGGCAUGGAAGUAACUACCGUUCCCUUGGUUUCCGGUUUGGUAAUGUCUGCUACAUAAGCGAUGUCAGUGACAUACCUGAAGAAACCUACCCGCUCCUUAAAGACUGUGAUCUCCUAAUUAUGGAUGCUUUGAGACCUGACCGGUCUUCAGCAACACACUUUGGCCUCCCAAGGGCAUUAGAGGAAGUUCGAAAAAUCAAACCAAAAAGAACCCUUUUCACCGGAAUGAUGCAUUUGAUGGACCACGAAAAGGUGAGCGAAGAACUGGAGAAACUUAUGGACACAGAAGGCAUCGAUGUCCAAUUGAGCUACGAUGGUCUUCGUGUACCAAUCUCAAUCUAACUCGGUUUAUUCAUAUUUUUUACCCGGUAGAACCGGUUCAUAACAAAUCAUACCUUACAUAAAAUACCAAUUUAUUUUUUUU